GAAAGAGACGAAUCGGCCAUCACGUAAAUGAAGAUCGCGGCCUGUUUUCGCGUUGUUGACUGAGCUUAUCCUCACAGACAUCCCCCUUUCUGCAGAUGGUUCUCGCUUUCGUAUAUGGCCGUGUUUAUACCACUGACACUCGUGGCAUCGUGGGUCAUUGAUGUCUACGGCCUACGUGCCGGAUUGCUACUCGGAACGCUUCUGAACGUCGUCGGGGCAUGGAUUAGGUACGCGUCGUCAAGUCUUCCCGGCGUGGAUGGGAGAUUUGCUCUGGCGUUCGUGGGCCAGGUGUUGUCGGCCACCGCGCAGCCUUUCAUCCUUGCUGCACCACCAAAGAUUGCGAAUAUCUUUUUCCCGAUGAACGAGCGGGCGUUGGCGGAUGGAGUUAUGAACAUCGCCAAUCCGAUUGGAGCCGCGGUCGCCCUCGUCACCGUCCCGAUGGUCGUGGACUCGAAGCCCGAGAAUAUCCCGUCCGCUCUGCUCGUCGCGGCCAUAGUCGCUAGUCUACCGGUUCCGUUCUCCUGGUUUCUGUUCAGAGACGGCCCACAUUCCACCACGUCGGUGGGCUUUCUGAGACGAAGCAGUGGGACCACAGAGGACCCACCAUCUCCAUCGAAAGGCAUUACAAGCCCCCAUUCCGCGAUGGUUCCGCCCCACCCGGAACCUGCGCCGGCCGGCCACACGUUGACAAGAGCAGAAUUCAUGGUGUGUGUUCAUAAGCUAGUCAACGAUCCUCAGUACAUCAAGCUGAUGAUCGGGUUCGGCGUCGCCAUCGGCAUCUUCAACACCUUCGUUUCCGAGUUGUCCUUCAUCGCUGGGGAGGUCGGGUAUUCGGAAGACGAGGCGGGAUACGUCGGGUUUGCGGCUAUCAUUUGCGGGAUUUUUGGAUCGCUGGCUGCAUCUGUAUUUCUGGACCGGGCGUAUCGGUUCGAGUACUUCCGCGCACGUGCUCCGGCGAACGUAGCAUCCCUUUCCAAGCCGUCGUCUACGACGGAUCUUCCAACUGUUGCACCCACCCCCCUUGCGGCGAUACCACAAACUCCUGCUAGUGUCAAGAAAAAUGGAUGGUAUCACCCAGUGUCUCCACAUUCAUUCAUCUUCAAGACCGCCUACGCGUUAGCCUACCUCUCCCUCAUCGCCUUCUCAGCAUCCAUGCGUGAAAACAACCUCGCCCUCCUCAUGCUCUUCUCCGCCAUAUUCGGGUUCGCUGCAUUCGCCGUCCUCCCCACCUCGCUUGAACUCAUGGUUGAGAUUACCUACAUCAAGCCGGAGCGUUUGAGCAGCGCCAAUGUUGCCCACACAGAGGUUGUAGCGCCGCCGCUUUCCGCAGCGGGAGUGGAAGGGAUCGGUGCGUCGGGUUUAUGGGCCACCGGUCAGAUCUUUGGGUUGGUUAUGGCGCUCGUCACGGAUGGGAUAAGACGGGGCGUCGGGGCGGACAAUGUCCGCGGAUAUGAGGUCUGGGUUAUGCCCGUUGUUGGGAUUCUGGGCGUUUCGCUCGGUAUCGCGACGACUGUGAGGAUGAAGAGGUUGUGGGCGGAGGCGCAAGCGGAAGCCAGUAACGCGGACGUUCGAAUGAGAGAGCAAGAGGUGGAAGUUGGUGGAACUACAGUCGGAACUGCACAAUUUGGAUCGGGCGCUGUGGAUACGAAGUGAUGUUGCAAAAGACAUGUAUACCCUUACUAUCACUCGAAUUGCUGUUUUAGAUGGGACUGAAGCUGCUUUUUGUACAUAUUUUGAUAAUGAGCAAAGCGCUGGCUGCUAUCUUAG